AUGGCCAGCCCCCCGACCCAGACCGUCAUCCUCGGCGCCGGCAUCAUCGGCCUCUCGACCGCCUACUAUCUCGCCCACGCCGCCGAUGUCGACCCCGCCUCCAUCCACAUCGUCGAGUCCGCCGCCGAGCUGUUCUGCUCUGCCUCGGGCCUCGCCGGCGGCUUCCUCGCCGAAGACUGGUUUGCGCCCUCUGUUGCGCCGCUGGGCGCCCUUUCGUUCCGCCUGCACAAGGAGCUCGCCGAGCAGCACGACGGCCGCAGCAAAUGGGGCUACUGCCUGAGCAUUGGCACCUCCCUCAGCCAGGACCCCGACAACAGCGAAGAGGCGGUGCUUGGCAGCGGAGAGGACUGGCUGAGCAAUGGCACCAGCCGCGCCAAAGCUGCCGGCGGCCAGGACCACUUCGAAAAAGGCCAGGGCCCCGCGUGGUUGAAUCUUGAGCCCAACAGCAGCCUCGAGGUCAUCAGCCAGGACGCGAGCACUGCUCAGAUCGAUCCCAAGCGCAUGUGUGCCUUCCUUCUGGAUGCGUGCCGCGAGCGGGGCGUCCAUCUCCACCACCCGGCAAAGGCAGUCGGCGUCUCGAGAGACGAGAAGGGGCUGAUGAGCGCAGUUCGCGUUGCCAUUGAGACUGGCAUGGAGGUGGAGAUCCCCUGUGCCCGUCUUGUCGUUACUGCCGGCGCCUGGACCCCGAGGGUUUUCAACACCUUGUUCCCCAAAACCAACGUUCGGAUACCAAUUUCGCCCCUCGCCGGCCACUCACUCCUCCUCCGCUCGCCCCGAUGGACCAAGGAACAGGAGGAUCUGGGCUGCCACGCCAUCUUCGCCACCGAUACCCUCGGCUUCUCGCCUGAGCUUUUCAGCAGACUUACUGGAGAGAUCUACAUCGCCGGACUCAACACAACCCAGAUCCCUCUGCCUGAGCUUGCCUCGGAGGUGAAGGCCAAGGAUGAGGCCAUGAAGCAGCUGAAAGAUGUUGCGGCCACUAUGUGCGGCUUACCGGACAAAGACGACCUUGAGAUUCUGAGAGAAGGACUGUGUUACCGCCCUGUUACCUCCAGUGGCAGACCUAUCAUUUCUCGAGUCCCGGAUAUGAAGCUUGGCAUCCAGACUCUAGGUGGCAGCAAAGGUGGCGUCUUCGUCGCUGCUGGCCAUGGCGCAUGGGGAAUCUCCCAAUCCCUCGGCACCGGCUUAGUCAUGACGGAGUUGAUGUGCGGCAAACCAACCUCCGUGAACAUCAAGGCGCUGGCUUUGCCCGUUUGA